GCUGUGGCUCCCGGUACUUCCGGGAGGUGUCAGGCCGGGGGCUGCUGCUCUGCGCGAGCGGACUCGGGUGUAGCCCCCGGCCGUGUCCAGCGGCGCGGGUCUCCGAGGCCGCGGCUGUCGUCUUGCGGGGCCGCUGCCAUGGCUUUCCCGCACCGGGCGGACGCCCCCGAGCUGCCGGACUUCUCCAUGCUCAAGCGGCUGGCGCGGGACCAGCUCAUCUACCUUCUGGAGCAGUUGCCUGGGAAGAAGGACUUGUUCAUCGAGGCUGAUCUCAUGAGUCCUUUGGAUCGUAUUGCCAACGUCUCCAUCCUCAAGCAACAUGAAGUGGACAAGCUGUACAAGGUGGACAACAAGCCAGUCCUCAGCUCCAGUGAACAGCUCUGCUUCCUGAUCAGGCCCCGCAUCCGGAACCUGCGCUACAUUGCCAACCUCGUCAAUGCUGACAAGCAGGCAGGCCGAGCUCGGAGAUACAAAGUGAUCUUCAGCCCUCAGAAGUUCUAUGCCUGUGAGAUGGUGCUGGAAGAAGAGGGUAUCUACGGAGAUGUCAGCUGUGAUGAGUGGGCCUUCUCCUUGCUGCCCCUGGACGUGGAUCUGCUGAGCAUGGAGCUGCCGGAAUUUUUCAGGGACUACUUCCUGGAAGGAGAUCAGCGCUGGAUCAACACUGUGGCCCAAGCCUUGCACCUGCUCAGCACGCUCUACGGGCCCUUCCCCCACUGCUACGGCAUGGGCAGGUGUGCCAAGAUGGUGCAUGAAAUGUGGAGGACCCUGGAGGAGGAGGAGGAAGGGGAGACCAAGGGCCGCAGGCCAGAAAUCGGCCAUGUCUUCCUCUUGGACCGAGAUGUAGACUUCGUGACGGCACUCUGCUCCCAGGUGGUCUACGAGGGCUUGGUGGACGAUACCUUCCGCAUCAAGUGUGGGAGUGUGGACUUCGGCCCUGACGUCACGUCCUCUGACAAGAGUCUGAAGGUGCUGCUCAAUGCUGAGGACAAGGUCUUCAGUGAGAUUCGCAACGAGCAUUUCUCCAACGUCUUUGGCUUCCUGAGCCAGAAGGCCCGAAACCUGCAGGCUCAGUAUGAUCGCCGGAGAGGCAUGGACAUCAAGCAGAUGAAGAACUUUGUGUCCCAGGAACUCAAGGGGCUGAAGCAGGAGCACCGGCUGCUGAGUCUCCAUAUUGGGGCCUGCGAGUUCAUCAUGAAGAAGAAAACCAGGCAGGACUUCCAGGAGCUCAUCAAGACUGAGCACGCACUGCUGGAGGGCUUUGGGGUCCGCGAGAGCACCAGUUACAUAGCAGAGCACAUAGACCGGCAGGUGUCGCCGAUUGAAAGUCUCCGCCUGCUAUGCCUGCUGUCGCUUACGGAGAACGGAUUGAUCCCCAAGGAUUACCGCUCCCUGAAGACGCAGUAUCUGCAGAGCUACGGCCCUGAGCACCUGCUCACCUUCUCCAACCUGCGCCGCGCCGGGCUACUGACAGAGCAGGCCCCGGGGGACACGCUCACGGCGGUGGAGAGCAAGGUCAGCAAGCUGGUGACCGACAAGGCUGCAGGCAAGAUCACCGAUGCCUUCAGCUCUCUGGCCAAGAGAAGCAAUUUCCGCGCCAUCAGCAAGAAGCUGAACCUGAUCCCACGUGUAGACGGCGAGUAUGACCUCAAAGUGCCUCGUGACAUGGCCUAUGUCUUCAGCGGUGCCUACGUGCCCCUCAGCUGCCGAGUCAUUGAGCAGGUACUGGAACGACGAAGUUGGCAGGGCCUGGAGGAGGUGGUGCGGCUGCUCAACUGCGGGGAGCUGGUGUUCACAGACGUGAGCAAGGAGGACAAAGCGCCCAGUGAGUCCUCGCGCCUCAUCCUUGUGGUGUUCCUUGGUGGGUGCACCUUCUCAGAGAUCUCGGCCCUGCGCUUCCUGGGCAGAGAGAAAGGAUACAGGUUCAUCUUUCUGACGACGGCUGUCACCAACAGCGCCCGCCUCAUGGAGGCCAUGAGUGAGGUGAAAGGCUGAAGCUUCCCACCAGAGCUGCCUUCCCGGGAUGUGCUCCCCAUUGGGCUUCCUGCUGUGAGCAUGGGGGCACAGAGCUGAUGUGACUGUGGAGAGGCCACAUCUUCCCCCCCAGAGUCCCCUCUUCCUGUUUUGUGAGUGAAAUCCACAAAUACGCACCAGUAUGCCCCAAUUUCAGUACGCCCCAAUUAUAGUUGUUAUUUUACUAAGGA